AUGGCAUUCAUUGGGCAUCGAAGAUUUUUAGGAAGAAACCAUCCCUAUCGAAAGCAAAAGGCUGCCUUCAACAACUUCCCUGAGCAUUCACCUCAUCCUGUGCCUUUGACUGGUGAAGAAGUAUUGUGUAGGGUAGAGGAGGAAGUUUUGAACUGGCUUUUUGGGAAGAAAUAUCCUCAACCUCCGUAUAAGGGUGCCGAGGAUGAAACCAGGCCUUGUUGGAAGAAAAAGUCUAUAUUUUUUAAACUUGACUAUUGGAAAUUUCUACCGGUUCGGCAUUGCCUUGAUGUGAUGCAUAUCGGAAAAGAUGUAUGCGAUAGUCUAAUAGGGACCUUGUUAAAUAUUCCUGGAAAAACAAAGGAUGGGGCGAAAACUCGGUUGGAUUUGGUGGAAUUGGGUAUUAGAUUAGAACUGCAGCCUAAUUUUGAAGGUCCCAAAAAACAGUGCUUGCCAUUGGUUCCUGAAGACUAUUCUUCCAACAUAUCAAAUCUGGUUUCCAUGGAUGAUUUAAGGCUUAGUGGACUUAAAUCCCAUGAUAGUCACGCUUUAAUGCAGCAACUCCUCCCUAUUGCCAUCCGAGGUGUGCUUGAAAAGCCGGUGAGAAUUGCUGUGAUCAGGUUAUGCCUGUUUUUCAACGAAAUCUGCUGCAAGACUAUCGAUGUGUCAAGGCUGCCGAAAAUCCAAAGUGAUCUUGUUGAAACAUUGUGUGAGCUGGAAAAGUACUUUCCUCCAUCCUUUUUUGACAUAAUGGUUCAUCUAACGGUCCACCUAGUUAGAGAGGUGGAGUUAUGUGGACCGGUUUUCUUUCGAUGGAUGUAUCCAUUCGAGAGGUAUAUGAAGGUGUGUAAAGGAUAUGUUCGCAAUAGAAAUCGGCCGGAAGGUUGUAUUGCCGAGUGUUACACUGCUGAAGAGGCGGUUGAAUUUAUAGCAAAAACUUUUUUCAAUGAUAAUACUGUUGGCAUCCCAGCUGCCCCAAACAGAGAAGACAAGCCGACCUCAGGAGCUACAGUUGUCAGUGUCUAUGGCAAGUUGUUUGACCAAGCUUAUCUCUGUCUGCUUCAAAACACAGAUGAAAUUAGAAGCUACUUUAGUUUGAAGAAUGAGUUUCCAAGAUUCGAAAAUAAUAAAAAGUGGCUUACGGACAAGCAAAACAAAACAUUUGCUGAUUGGUUGAAGGAGAUGGUUGCUGGUCAACUCAGUGAACCAGGUUGUGACAUCCCCGAGAUUGUGAGGUGGCUUGGAAAUAAACCAAGCAAUGAAGUUCCAAAGUUUAGUGGUUACAAAAUAAGGGGAGUUCAGGAUAAAAGGCUGGUUACUGAUGACAUGAGCUUCUAUGGGGUGAUGAACGAAAUAUGGGAGCUCGAGUAUGAAAAUUUUAGGUUCCCUAUAUUUAAGUGUGAUUGGGUAGAGAAUGGAAGGGGUGUUCAAGUAGAUGAUUUUGGAUUUACACUGGUGAAUUUGAAUAGGAAGGGUCACCUAAAUAACACUUCUAUUUUGGGAAGAUGUGUUGAGCAGAUCUUCUAUGUUGAAGACCCUGUUGAUCCAUUGUGGUCAGUUGUUAUUAGAAUCCCAACAAGAGAUUACCAUGACUUUGAAACUGAUGAUGAGAUUGGUAACAUUUUAAUUAAUCACCAUCCCGCCGCUGCUGCGAUGUCAUCUAUUGAGUUUUCUGGUCACUUAGCUGAUGAGGAAGAAAUGGGCUACCUACGAGUUGGAAAAGAAGAUAUAGUUGUCGAUGGAUAA